ACUCCCUCUCUGGCUCCUUCUCAUCCUCUCUCUCUGAACGUCUUACUUCAUUCUGACGAUCAAGUCUGUCAGGACUAGACUACUGGAGACAAACCUCCCUUCUCCCUCCACUUUACAGUCCCUCAGAAGUUACAAUGGCAAGCUCCUUCAGACGUAUGAUGUUUGGGCGUGGCACGGCAGUGGUGCUGGCGAGCCUUGGUGCAGGCACCUUGGCGUCGGGAUACCUUCUGUCUGACACAGCCGCCGCUGCUGAGAAGAGGAAACUCUACCCACCCAGUGCGGAUUUCCCUGACCUGAGGAAGCAUAAUAACUGCAUGGCAGCAGCUCUGACCCCAUCCAUCUAUGGUCGACUGAGGGACAAGCUAACCCCCAACAAUUGGACCCUGGACCAGUGCAUCCAGACGGGAGUGGACAACCCCGGGCACCCCUUCAUCAAGACCGUGGGCAUGGUGGCAGGGGACGAGGAGAGCUAUGAGGUGUUUGCUGACAUCUUUGACCCCGUCAUUAAAGACAGACACAAUGGCUAUGACCCUUGCACCAUGAAGCACCCCACUGACCUGGACGCCUCCAAGAUCACAUCGGGGAUGUUUGAUGAGCGUUACGUGCUGUCGUCUCGUGUGCGUACUGGGCGGAGUAUUCGAGGCCUGAGCUUGCCCCCAGCAUGCACGCGUGCGGAGCGGCGAGAGGUGGAGCGUGUGUGUGUGCAGGCCCUAUCCGGCCUUACAGGAGACCUUGCUGGACGCUACUACAGCCUGGGGGAGAUGACCGAGAGAGAACAACAGCAGCUUAUUGAUGAUCACUUCCUGUUUGAUAAGCCUGUCUCCCCCCUUCUCACCUGUGCCUUCAUGGCCCGUGACUGGCCUGACGCCAGGGGCAUCUGGCACAACAACAAGAAGACUUUUCUGAUCUGGGUGAACGAGGAGGAUCACACCAGGGUCAUCUCCAUGGAGAAGGGUGGCAACAUGAAGAGAGUGUUUGAGAGGUUCUGCAGAGGGCUUAAGGAGGUGGAGCGUCUGAUCCAGGAGAGAGGGUGGGAGUUUAUGUGGAAUGAGCGUCUGGGUUACAUCCUCACUUGCCCCUCCAACCUGGGCACUGGGCUGAGGGCUGGCGUCCAUGUACGCCUGCCCAACCUCAGCAAGGACGCUCAAUUCUCGAAGAUCCUGGAUAACCUGCGUCUACAGAAGAGAGGCACUGGAGGAGUGGACACGGCUGCCACUGGAGACACCGUUGACAUCUCUAACAAUGACCGUCUGGGCAAAUCAGAGGUGGAGCUGGUACAGAUGUUGAUUGACGGCGUAAACCACCUAAUCGAAUGUGAGAAGAAGCUGGAGAAGGGGCAGGACAUCCGAGUCCCAGCCCCAAUUACCCAGUUCAAGAAGUAAGCCAGCAGGGCCAUCUGGAAUAGCACUGGUCCUUCAGCCACUUGUAUCUCAGGAUCAAAUUGGUUGUGCAUCAGUGUGAGACUCAUAAUUGUACAGUCUAUUCUACACUUUAAUAAAGCUGCUGAUGUUCUA